GGUAGGUUUCAAAUUUUAGGAGUUACGAUCAGUCUUGGAGGUCAAACAGAAGUUAACGAAGAAGGAAUCAAGGAACUAUGGUGAAAGCAGUGGUGGGAGAGGAAAUGCAGCUGAAAAUAGCCGAAGAGCGGCUUACCAAAUCGGGCUUGGCUGCUCAGGUAGGGCUUGUGAUAGGGAAGCUGAGCUCAAGCUUAGAUCGCGGUUUCAUAUUCGAUUUGAUCCCGACGCCGCUGAACGACGCCGGAGAGCCGGCUUGCUCGGUUAUUGAUGGCGCGAAAGAUGACCGGAAGAAAGGAUCGAAAGGAAAGACGCAGGCCGACUCUUCCACUUUGUUCGUUGACAGGGAUUGGGUUGCGGAACACGCUCGGCAGGUUAGAAGAAUGCUAUUGGGUGGUGUCAAAGUGGUUGGCAUCUACAUAUGGGCCAGUGAGAGCUCAUUUAAGAACUCAACGAUAACUAUUUGUCAGACAAUACAAGCUGUUGCAAAGGCCGCCCCUUUUGUAGAUUCUGAUUGUGAUGAAAGGUUGCUUGUUCAUAUUUGUUACAGUCCCAUGAGAUGGACAACUAGGAAUUGCUCGCUUUCUUCUAAUAUCACAUCAAGUAAUCUAAGACCAUGUGAUUUUAAAAUGGGGAAAGUUUUAUUUUCCCUCCAGACUUUCAGAUGCAGAUAUGCUUUUGAUCUUAGACUUCCAAUACACCGUGAGAAUGGAUCAAAUAACAUAAGAUUGGCUGACGUUCUUCGCCAUUGUAUUUCAUUUAUUGCCAAAGAGCUAAAAUGUGCAAAGCCUUUAGUUGACGGGAAAUUGCCAGCUAGGGAUGAACAAGUUGCAUCAGAUGGUGUACAUGAUGUUGAGUUCCUUUUACCUUUCUUGCAAGACCAGUUUGACGGAUGCAGCGAAAAAAACAUAAUUGGUGGUCUUGUUUUUACCGGUGCUAUCUGCUCUUAUGCUUACUCGAAUGCAAAGGAACCGCUUUCACAAGCUUUGGCUGAUAUAAAGGAAGAUAUUAUAAUGAGUUUGCAAAGUAGGUUAGAUAUCAUAUGUGAUGUCGCAGAGAGAGAAUCGGAAGCUAUUGGUGGAAGCCCAGAAGCAGAAGCAAUGGGUCAGAUAUCAACUGAAGAACCAGUUCCACUGCUUCCCUUACAAUCCCAAAUGAAAAAUAUCAAGCAAUUGUUUCCUCGUAGAGUAUUUCUUCCCUGGUUAGCUAAUGUAUAUGUUUGUGACUACAUACAACCUUCUGAGACAGUUGAGGUUGUUAAUGAUCAUUGUGCCGAGUUGAUGUCGAUGGAAGUUCCAAUUGAUUCCUCAAAAGUUUUAGAGCCUGAAUUGGAAGCUCCAACUUUUGCAUCUCCUGCAAUCAACAACACGCAGCCUUUGUGGGACAUAAUGAAUCGACAUUCAUCUCUGUCGAAGCACGGUGAUGCAAAAAGCUCUAGGAAUGACCCAAAAUCUAAAGGCUCGGCAGGCCUCAAUAUGAUGGUACCGAUACUCAUUCUUAUUUUGUCCCUCAUAAUUGGGGUGGUAAUGCUUGCAGUGAGAUCAUCCUAGUGCCAUUGUGGAUACUUUGCUCAAGUUUACCUUUGCGCGUAAGUAUAUCACUUUACCUCCGAUAGAGUUCUUUUUGAGAAGUUUCAUACGAGUUUUUCUUUCAAAAUUGUCUCGUCGUAUGCGUGUUUUUUCUUCGCUCUUGGUUCUUAACAAUUGACCCCAUUGUAAGUGAGAUGGCAAUUUUGGUAAUCAUUUUGACUGAAACUAAUACACACUUUCAACAUUUGUGUGUAAGUAUGGGACAAAUGGUAAUAUUAAUUAUACUCGGCAAAAGACUUAGGGACUGUUUGUUUCAGCCUCUUAAUGGUUCAGAUGUCUGAAUGGUUCAGCACUUAAUGGUUCAGACUGUUUGUUUCAGCCUCUUAAUGGUUCAGAUGUCUGAAUGGUUAAGAGAUUUGCCUCUGAAUGGUUAAGUAUUAUACAGAGUCUGAAUGGUUAAGACCUCUUAUCUGAAUUGAUCAGACAUUUGUCUCUGAAUAGUUAAGCAAUAUACUAGCUCUUAAUGG